AGGAGGAUACUAAGCGAUGCCUGUGGUGAUUGGCUUUGAGGGGAGUGCCAACAAGAUUGGCGUGGGGAUUGUGCAGGAUGGGGAGGUCCUCAGCAACCCCCGGCGGACCUAUGUCACUCCUCCAGGGCAAGGUUUCCUGCCAGGUGACACAGCUCGUCACCACCGCUCCUGCGUCCUGGCCGUCUUGCAGGAGGCGCUAAGCGAGGCUGGCCUGAAGCCGUCAGACAUCGAUGCCGUGGCUUUUACUAAGGGUCCAGGCAUGGGUGCCCCACUGGUGACGGUGGCUGUGGUGGCUCGUACAGUGGCUCAACUGUGGGGGAAGCCUCUGCUGGGGGUGAACCACUGCGUGGGACACAUCGAGAUGGGGCGGUUGGUGACCGGUGCCCAGAAUCCAACAGUGUUGUACGUUAGCGGUGGGAACACUCAGGUCAUUGCGUAUUCAGAGCAUCGCUACCGUAUAUUUGGAGAGACCAUAGACAUUGCUGUCGGCAACUGUCUGGACCGCUUUGCCCGUGUGCUGAAGAUUUCGAAUGACCCCAGCCCGGGCUACAACAUCGAACAGAUGGCCAAGAAGGGUCAGAAACUGGUUGAACUCCCUUAUACAGUGAAAGGCAUGGACGUCUCUUUCUCUGGCAUCCUGUCCCACAUAGAAGAUGUGGCCCACAGAAUGCUGGCUGCAGGGGAGUGCACGGCAGAGGACCUCUGCUUCUCCCUACAGGAGACAGUGUUUGCUAUGCUGGUGGAGAUCACAGAGCGGGCCAUGGCCCACACCGGCUCUCAGGAGGCACUGAUCGUGGGCGGUGUUGGCUGUAAUGAGAGGCUGCAGGAGAUGACGGCCAUCAUGUGCCAGGAAAGAGGAGCAAAACUCUUUGCUACUGAUGAGAGGUUCUGUAUUGAUAAUGGAGCCAUGAUCGCACAAGCCGGCUGGGAGAUGUUCCAGUCAGGGCAAAUCACACCACUUGAAGAUUCAUGGAUUACACAGAGGUAUCGUACGGAUGAAGUGGAGGUGACGUGGCGCGACUGACCGUUCUGCCUGGGAGCUCCCUCCCCCAUCUCAGCCGGAAGGGGACAGCAGUGUGAACAUUUCAGCGAAUUAUUGGACUACAGUGGUUAUUCACUGCGGAACAAAUUCCACCCAGAAUAAAUGGUUUGGUUUUGUA